AUGGGGUUAACAGAACCUUCUGGAUAUUUAACAGAUGGACCAAUAAAUUAUAAAUAUAAAACCAAAUGUACAUGGUUAAUUGAAGGAUACCCAAAUGCAAUACUAAGAUUAAGAUUUAAUCACUUUGCCACAGAAUGUAGUUGGGACCAUAUGUAUGUAUAUGAUGGAGAUUCAAUAUAUGCACCUUUAAUAGCUGUAUUUAGCGGUCUAAUAGUUCCCGAAGUGCGUGGAAACGAAACUGUUCCUGAAGUAGUUACUACGUCUGGCUAUGCAUUGCUACACUUCUUCAGUGAUGCUGCUUAUAACUUAACUGGAUUUAACAUUUUUUACUCAAUUAAUUCUUGUCCUAAUAACUGCUCAGAACAUGGAAAGUGCACAACCAGUGUGUCUGUACCAAGCCGGGUAUACUGUGAGUGUGACAAGUAUUGGAAAGGAGAAGCCUGUGAUAUUCCAUAUUGUAAAGCCAACUGCGGCAGUCCAGAUCAUGGCUACUGUGAUUUGACAGGCGAGAAGCUGUGUGUUUGCAAUGAUAGCUGGCAAGGUCCAGAUUGUUCUUUGAACGUCCCUUCUACGGAGUCUUACUGGAUUCUACCAAAUGUUAAACCAUUCAGCCCUUCCGUGGGCCGGGCUUCCCACAAGGCCGUCCUGCACGGGAAAUUUAUGUGGGUGAUUGGUGGAUACACUUUUAACUACAGUUCAUUCCAAAUGGUGUUGAACUACAAUCUGGAAAGCAGUAUAUGGAACGUAGUACCUGUGUCCAAAGGGCCACUCCAGAGAUACGGACACACUCUUGCUUUAUAUCAGGAAGACAUCUACAUGUAUGGAGGCAAAAUUGAAGCAAAUAAUGGCAACGUUACCGAUGAGCUGUGGAUUUUCAACAUACACAGUCAAACGUGGAGUGCCAGAACUCCUGCAGUACUGGUACAUGGCCAGCAAUAUGCUGUGGAAGGUCAUUCAGCACACAUAGUAGAGCUGGACAGCAGAGACGUGGUUAUGAUUAUAAUUUUUGGAUAUUCUGCCAUAUAUGGUUACACAAGCAUUGUGCAAGAAUACUACAUCAGGUCUAAUUCUUGGCUCGUACCAGAAACAAAAGGAGCAAUUGUGCAAGGUGGAUAUGGCCAUACGAGUGUCUAUGAUGAGUUGACAAAAUCUGUUUAUGUUCAUGGUGGAUACAAAGCAUUACCUGGCAAUAAAUAUGGAUUGGUGGAUGAUCUUUACAGAUACGAAGUUAAUACUCGGACAUGGACUAUUUUAAAGGAGAGUGGUUUUGCAAGAUAUCUUCAUUCAGCUGUCUUAAUCAAUGGAGCUAUGCUAAUAUUUGGUGGAAACACUCACAAUGAUACUUCCCUGAGUAAUGGUGCAAAGUGUUUUUCUGCUGACUUCCUUGCAUAUGAUAUUGCUUGUGAUGAAUGGAAGAUUUUGCCAAAGCCUAAUCUUCAUCGAGAUGUCAACAGAUUUGGUCACACUGCUGUUGUCAGUAAUGGGUCCAUGUAUAUAUUUGGGGGCUUUUCAAGUGUUCUUUUGAAUGACAUCCUUGUGUACAAGCCUCCAAACUGUGAAGCAUUCAGAGAUGAAGAGCUGUGUAAAAGCGCUCGUCCAGGGAUAAGGUGUCUGUGGAACAAGAAACAUUGUGAAUCCUGGGAAUCUGGACAUGUGAACAAUAUCCUUAGAGCAAAAUGUCCAAAGAAAACAGCUGCUGCUGAUGACAGAUGUUACCGGUACGUGGAUUGUGCGAGCUGUACUGCCAAUACAAAUGGGUGCCAGUGGUGUGAUGACAAGAAGUGCAUUUCAGCAAAUAGUAACUGUAGCAUGUCAGUUAAGAACUACACCAAAUGUCACGUGAGGAAUGAACAGAUCUGCAAUAAACUGACCAGCUGCAAAAGUUGCUCGCUGCACCUGAACUGCCAGUGGGACCAACGGCAGCAGGAGUGCCAGGCACUACCUGCUCAUCUGUGUGGGGAAGGAUGGAGUCACAUUGGAGAUGCCUGCCUCCGCAUAAAUUCUAGUCGUGAAAGCUAUGACAAUGCCAAACUAUAUUGCUACAAUUUGAGUGGGAAUCUUGCCUCAUUAACAACCUCAAAAGAAGUGGAAUUUGUUCUUGAUGAAAUACAGAAAUACACACUUCAGAAAAUUUCACCUUGGGUAGGUUUACGCAAGAUCAACAUCUCCUACUGGGGAUGGGAUGACAUGUCUCCUUUUACCAAUACAACUCUGCAGUGGCUUCCUGGAGAGCCAAAUGACUCUGGCUUCUGUGCGUAUCUGGAAAGAGCAGAGGUGGCAGGGCUGAAGGCGAAUCCAUGCACUGCAAUGGCAGAUGGUCUUGUGUGUGAAAAACCUGUCGUCAGUCCCAACCAGAAUGCCAGACCCUGCAAAAAGCCAUGCUCCUUGCGAACAACGUGUUCUAACUGCACAAGUAAUGGUAUGGAAUGUAUGUGGUGCAGCAGUACGAAACGAUGUGUUGACUCAAACGCCUAUAUAAUCUCCUUCCCAUAUGGACAGUGUCUAGAAUGGCAAACUGCCACAUGCUCCCCUCAAAACUGCUCUGGACUGAGGACGUGUGGACAGUGUUUGGAACAACCCGGGUGUGGAUGGUGUAAUGAUCCCAGUAACACUGGAAAAGGGCAAUGUUUGGAAGGAUCAUCAAGAGGCCCAAUGAAGGCUGUAGGCAUGCACUCUAAUGAAAUGCUGCUUGAUGCUAGUCUUUGUCCAAAAGAGAAAAACUAUGAGUGGUCUUUUAUCCAGUGUCCAGCUUGCCAGUGUAAUGGCCACAGCACCUGCGUCAACAGUAAUGUCUGUGAUCAAUGUAAAAACUUAACAACAGGAAAACAAUGUGAAACAUGCAUGCCAGGGUAUUAUGGAGAUCCCACAAAUGGAGGACAGUGUACAG